AUGCUGUCUGGCGAUGAGGAAAGUGACAUUUCUCUCCAGCAACCGACUGAGGCCUCUGAGUCUCAAUUGUCGAAGUUGUCCGCUGCCCAGAUCGCCGCCACUCAAUCGUUCUGGAAGAGAACGUGGUGCUAUAUUCGCUUAGCGAUCUUUCGCCAGCCCAAUAAGCUCGAGCAGUUCAUUCUCGAGAAUGAGCCCAGUGACUGUGCUUUCGUUGCUAAGUACGGUAUUACCAUUUGCUUAGAUUUGUCAGAGGAGCCACGUGUGUCUGUAAAUAAGCUCUACCUUCACAGCAUUCAUGCGCCCCAUCCCUUGACCAAUUUUGCCAAAGACGAGCCUUUGGCGCCUGGAAUUGUACAAGAAGUCAGUGAGUCGCCUGUCAUUGUAUUUGUUCAUGGCUUGGGUGGUCAAAUGUCUCAAUUUGAGCCUUUGAUGGCUUUACUUUCGCAGUGCCUGGAGAUAAUAUCGCUAGACUUGCCAGGGUUUGGCAAUUCCAAGUACAAGUUCAAAAGUAACUUUAAAAUCGUCAGCGAGAUUUCCGAGCAAGAAAAGCUCGACAUCUCCUCGAGCAUCCAGGCCAUGCUGUGGGCAGAUUUCUCCACGGAUAGUCUUGUGAGGAUUCUCAGGCAGUUCAUCAAACAGGUGGUCCCACCAGAGAAGAAGGUCAUUCUUGUAGGCCAUUCAAUGGGUACUCAUUUGAUAACGCGGCUCGCCAAUAUCUUAGAGGCCGGGAAAGUGGAAGCAUUGGUGAUGCUAUCACCUCCUCCACUACUCGAUGACGUCAGACAUAAGGACCCGCCGAAGAAGUCUUUCAGUUUCAUGAGCUACUUCAUGAGAUUCGCGUGGUUGUUUAAUUUGUUUAGGGUGUGGGACAGACUCCCUGGCUUGAUAAGCAAAAGUGUCUACAGACAGUUGCCACAUCAGAGCAGCUUACAUCAGCGGGCUCGUCAGUUCAGGUGGAAUCUUGACAUCGAGACCAAUAUAUUAUUGCGCUAUAUCAGCGGAUUCAAACGUGCCACGUACCUGGAAUUGGUGAAUGCCAUCUCCAGACUCAACAACAACAUGAAGGACCCCAAAACUUACGAGAAGGUUUUACUUGUAGGAGGGGCAGACGACCAUGUGACAUCAGUGAAGAUUAUUCGUGAUAUGGGUGAUUUCCUUCUUGACUACUGGCAAAAAAAAGUCUUCAACAUAGUAGAGGUGAAGAAUGCUGGCCAUUCGUUACUUCUUUCAAAGCCUGAAUUCAUCAGUGGGCUUGUGCUUAACCAUUUUGAGCUGCAUCUCCCCGAGCGCUUACAUUUGCUGCCUGCUUGGGUGCUCAAGCUCAAGGCAGAAAUCUCAGGGGACAAAUGGGGACUUAAGAAUGAGCUCAAAUGGCUGAAAACACAAGCUAUAUCCCAUAACAUCUUUCGGAGAAAUGGCAAGGAAUAUGCAAAGCUACUUGGAAUGAAAACUCUUCGAGAAGGCGAUCCAAACCACUCCCCACUGGUGGUCGAAAGUAAAUUUUAUGGAGACAACAACGGCACUGAUAUCAAGGGAAAACUCAUCGCCAUAGUUGACAUUUCAGCAGACAUUCCGCCAUACAGCCCGAAAACGUUCAAAAACAUUCGCUACUACAAAUGUGCUACUGUCUCAAAAGUGGUGCCCGACCACGUGGCUAUCAGGCGUUUCAUCCAACUCAUUGACGAUGUUCUUGGAUCAACGAGCGAACCCGACCCGCUAGUAGCCGUGCAUUGUCACUAUGGAUUCAACCGCACGGGUUUUUUUAUUUGCUGCUACUUGGUUGAGCGUUGUGGAUGGUCGGUGAGAGAAGCUGUUGAAGGCUACCAGGCUGCGAAACCGCCAGGAAUUAAGCACCCGCACUUUGUGGAUGCUCUAUAUGUGAGGUACGAGCGAUAG